UGUGGGCGUGGUUGGCCAUGUGAGAUGUUAAAUCAACAAUGUUAAAUUUUUUGUUUUGCAGUUGCACCGGAGAGUGUUAUUUUUACGAAUGAGGCUUCCGGCUUAAAACACAAAGUAGACAUGACAGAAGAAGAGGAUUCUGAAUUUGGCAAGAAAAGGCGCACGACUGAACGCAAAGAUUUGGAAGAUGAAGCUGUUGAACAUAGUUUUGAACAUCGCGAGUAUCAGAUUCAAAUGGCAAAAACUGCCUUUGAAAGCAACUCCAUCGUCUAUGUGCCAACUGGUUCUGGCAAAACCUACAUCUCAAUUGUGGUGAUCAAACGUUUUCAUGACGAAAUCAAAAGGCCUUUUUUAGAAAAUGGAAAGAGGAUCAUUUUCACAGCACCGAGAGUUGCUCUGGUCGACCAACAGGCGGACGUCCUUAGGAAAUACACACCCUUUGCCAUUGGAUCCUACAAUGGCUACAUGCAGGUUGAAUUUUGGGACAAAGAUCAGUGGACAGAGGAAUUUGUAAAAAAUCAGGUCUUAGUGAUGGGCAGUCAAAUUCUGCUGGACAUUUUGGACAAAGGGUUCCUGCAGUUGAGCCAAGUCGCCUUGCUCGUCUUUGACGAAUGUCACCAUGCCACAGCCAAUCACCCCAUGAACAUGAUCAUGCGAAUGCACUACAAGGACCAGCCGGGGAUGCCGAGGAUUCUUGGUUUGACUGCCACUUUGAUUAAAAAGAAUAUUGCUCCAGACAAACUAGAGAAAGAAGUUGCCUCUUUGGAGAGCAACUUGCACAGCAAACUAGUGAAACUUGACUCAUUGGAGUUGAUCAAGGGGAUGUAUGCUGACCCAAAAAUUGAAAUCAUCGAGUGUGACCCCGUCCAACAUCAUGAUGUUAUGAAAACAGUGAAAAGACUGAUUACCCUUUUAGAGAAUGACUUGAAGAUGGAAAGCUUAACUGUUAGCUUUCAUGUUGACCCUGAACUUGUAAUACUGGCACCUGGCGAACCAAUGGUGAAGCCUGGCGCUUUCUUUAGAAAAAUCCAGCGCCAGUUGACAGAUAUUUUGGUAGAGAUAGAAGAGUUUGGGAUUUUUGGAGGGAGUAUCGCCAUUCAGUGCCACCGCAACAGGUUGCAGUGCCUUGCCAAUGCUGCCGAGAUCGAGGAAGCAAGACAGUUGUACGCAAUGGUUAUGUCUCAGUUGGAAGUCAUCAGGCAUUUGAUUGAAUCUGCUAUGAGUCAAGAGGCCAGUGAUUCGUUGGAGCAAAUCAACAAAUUCUCGUCGCCAAAAGUACUGAAAUGCAUUGAGAGACUGCGGGCUGAAAUUUUAGAAACUGGAGCUAUCAAAACUUUGAUCUUUGUGGAGAGGAGGCUGAGUGCAAAAAUCUUGUAUACCAUCAUCAAGAUUUUGAGUCUGAAGGAUCCUGACUUUGCACAAAUUAAACCAGACUACAUUGUCGGCCAAGCCGAGAAUGCUUACUGCACUUAUCUGUCUCUCUUGUUAGAUAAACAAACAAGGAAGAGCGUUUUCAAAUUUGCCUCAAAUGAGCUCAACUUGCUGGUAGCCUCGAACAUCUUGGAGGAAGGAAUCGAUAUUCCGUCAUGCAAUUUGGUCAUCAAGUUUGACACAAUCAAGACAUUCUGCUCCUUCAUCCAGAGCAAGGGACGUGCCCGAGACAGGAAUGGAAAGUAUGUUGUGCUCCAAUUAAAACUGGCAGAAAAGAAUUUCAAGAAUGAAAAGAGAAUCUAUGAACAACUGGAGGACAAAUUGCAAGAGCUGCAACAAGUUGAAGAGUUGGAGGAUGUUGUGAUCGAUGAUGUUGCCACUUAUGUUACUCCUGCUGGUGCUAUGGCUACAUCGGAGAAUUCCAUCAGUAUGCUCUACAGAUACUGCUACACCUUGGGAGCCGACAGGUUCUCCAUUCCAGCUCCAAUUUGGUUCUGUAAAAAGGUCAGCCUGUCAGAGAAAUUUGUUUGUGUCCUCUUGCCCAUUCAGUCGAGUUUAGUCGACCCUAUCGAAGGGCCAGUCAGCACCCGAGUUCAGCUUGCGAAGAAGAAGUGCGCACUUGAAGCAAUCAAGCAACUCCACCUAGCCGGCCAGCUGGAUGAUAAUUUGCGGAGCUGCUACUCAAAAGUCCAAGCGGAUAUUAUAACAGACUCGAUUUUGUUCCCCAACUGGAUUAAGGAUGACAAGCAUCCUGAUCUACCUGAUCCUGGCACUAAAAACAGGCGCAGAGUGCACAUGGUCAAAGCACCAUCUCCGUUUAUUGGUUGCGCUCCAGGAUCAGCAUCUGAGGUCUUUGUGCACAGCAUUGAUAUUGAGCCAAUGUACAAUGUUCCUGCAGACGACCAACGACGGAAGACAUUCCUCGAACUGCUCAGCAGUAAAAAUGAGAACUUUGCCAUCCUAGCCUCUAAGAAAUUGCCAACGAUUUGCAAAUUCCCUAUUUUCACCAAUGCUGGAAGAGUUGACAUUUCCAUUGGACGCAGAGUGCACGCAGUUACACUCCAGCAGCAAUUAUUGGACAAAAUCAAAGCUUUCCACAGUUUCCUCUUUGGCAAACUGUUGGAGUUGGACAAAAGCUUUUUGGUUUGGAACUUUGAAAGUGGCUCAAAUAAUUUUCUCAUUGCUCCUGUUACCGAAGAUGGGGAUCUGGAUGAAGUAAAGUUGAGCCGAGACUUCUCAGUGAAUCAUGUUCCUGAAGAAAUUACCAGAUUUGAUGAUCUGCACCUCAAAGUGAUCAUUCCAACCUACAGAACCAAAUCAGUCGGCAACUAUCUUGUAACUGAAGUUCAGUUUGAUGCAAGCCCAAUGACCCCAUUUCCAAAUAACUAUGAUUCAUACAAGCAAUACUUUUCUGAAAAGUGGGGUGCCGAGGUGAAAAUUUUAACCCAACCUUUGGUCAGCGUCAAGCAAAUCACUGCCAAACUUAACUUCCUUAACCCAAAGGGAGAGAUUUUGGUAAUUACGAGGAAAGCUAUGCACGAGAACGACGAAUUUGCCGAGAUCUUCAUUCCAGAGCUUUGUCGGCUCUCCGGACACAAUCACCUAGUCAGUGCUGAGAUUUGGCUGAAGGCAGUGUUCCUGCCUUCAAUUUUGCACAGGACAAGCGUCCUUCUUCAUGCCAACGACCUGCGCUCUUCGAUCAACAGGGAGUGCAGACUCGGCUCUGUAGAAGUGGCCAAAUGGGAGGAUUUUAUUGCCCUGCCGACGAGAAAGGCUCCUGUAGCUGAGACCAGUCCCAAGUCACAAGGCUUUGGUUUGCCGAGACUUCAAUGUCAUGUGCCUAAAGUGAAUGAAAGCAAUUGUCCGUGGGGAGAGAAGGACCCUAUCGACCCUGACAAACUUUUGUUUGAAGGCGUCAGUUGGGGCCAGCUGGAGGAAUUUUCCGCCUUCACCUCGUCCUCUCUGGUGCAGGAUAAAAACCUCUCUACAAAAGACAAUGAUUACUUUUUUCAAAGAGAUCAAAGUGUCACUGUUUACCCAAUCAAAAUGCUAACUCCAGACGAGGAAAGUUUGCAAAGAGGACCCGAGUUGAGGACAAUGUAUGCCGCAAUCACCACAACGUCUGCCAAUGAUUCGGUGAACAUGGAACGACUCGAAACCCUUGGGGAUGCAUACCUGAAAUUGAUUACCUCCUUGUACCUAUUUACAACUUACGAUGUGUCGGAAGGGAUUUUGACUCAUGCAAAAGGUAAACUGGUUGGAAACAGGAACCUCCUCUACUGCGCCCUCAAAAAGGGAAUUCCCAACAUCUUGAACCACAAACAGUUUGAGCCAAAAUCUGACUGGGCGGUUCCAAAUUUGAGUGUGCCUAAUAAACUUGUCUACCUGAUCAAUGCAUCUGAAAUCAGCCCUGGUGUUUUGAAUUCUAUUGUUUUCAAUGAGGAGGAAAAAUUCUCAGGAGAAAUUAACGUGCAGUACAUUCGCGAGGUAUUUGAAAACUACGAGGAAGACAAUCCCAGUGAGACAACUCUUGUUGCAUUCUUGAACCAGCUUGUGAUCCCAGACAAGAACAUUGCUGAUUGUGUUGAAGCUGUUCUUGGUUCGUACAUUGAGACGUGUGGACCAGUUUUGGCCGCAUCUGUUGUGACUUGGUUCGGAAUUCUGCCUGACUCUGCCAAGAGUAUCAUGAGUGAUCCUGUCCCAUCGAACAUAAAAAAUGCAACAAUCCCUGACCCUGAGAGCUUUUCCAACUUGCACCUGCUUGAAGCAGAGAAAUUGGAAACUGUCCUCGACUACAAGUUCAAAAACUGCAGCUUCUUGCUGGAGGCCCUCACACACCCUUCAUACGUUUUAAACAGACUGACCAACUCAAAUCAGAGGUUGGAAUUCUUAGGAGACGCAGUCUUAGACUUCCUCGUUACUGCUCACAUUUAUGAGAAGUUUGCUCACCUCAACCCAGGUGAAAUGACUGAUCUAAGAUCUGCUCUGGUCAACAAUGUCACUUUUGCAUCUCUGGCUGUCCGAUAUGGAUUCCACACAUUCCUGUUGGAAAAUAAUCCAACCCUUGCUAGCAGAAUUGAAAAUUUUGUCGAGUUCCAACAGAGAAACAACCACAAAAUUAGUGAUGAUCAUCUGUUGCUGAUUCAAGAAUGCAACGUCAGCAUUGGAAUUGCGCUGGAAGUUCCAAAGGUCUUGGGCGAUAUUUUUGAAAGCAUCGUCGGAGCCGUUUUCUUGGACUGUGGUAAAGAUUUUGUGGAGACGUGGAGAGUUAUCUAUCCUCUGAUGAAAUUUGCAAUUGAUCUGUUUGGUACCACAGUGCCUAAAAAUGCUGUUCGAAAGUUGCACGAGAGUGUCGCAGCACAUGAUCUUGAAAUUGGGAAGCCAUACAGCAUUGAUGGAAUUAAUGGUGUUCAGGUCAAAAUUGUGAUAUACAAGAAUGGUGAGAAAGUUUCCUGUGUCGGGAGCGGUGCCAACAAACAUGAGGCAAAACGAGCUGCUGCAAAGGGUGCUUUGAGACUCUUCUUUGGUGAAAGCUAAGCUAUACAUCAUAUGAGAAUUUACUGUUUCUGUUGCAUUAAUGCAAUAUUUGAAGUUUAAGCAUUUAAAAUCAAAUUUCCUGUUCUUAUGAUUCUUCCGAUAUGAGCUUCCUUUUGCUUGUAGUCUUUCAAACACAAAGAGUUUGACAUUUAAUUUUAAAUUUUAUAAUGCUUGUUAUAAACAUCAGAGUCAAAGCCAAUAAAGAAAAUUUGACUUGAG